CACAUGGAGCUCCCUUCCCUGUCUCGUUCUCUCGUACCAUUACUAGAGCGACACAGAAACAUAACCCCUGACUCGACUCCUUGUCCGAAAAAUGGAGUCCUCCUCACAUCCUCCACAACAAGACCCCUUCAGUUUAAAACCCCCACUUCCCGCCGACGUCGAUCUCUACACCAUCCCUUCUAACUCCAGUUGGUUCUCCUGGAACGAUAUCCACGACACAGAGAGGCUCCACCUCCGCGAAUUCUUCGACGGGGCCUCAAUCACGCGAACCCCCAAAAUCUACAGGGACUACAGGGACUUCAUCAUCUCCAAGUACAGAGAAGAUCCUUCCAGGAGGCUCAGCUUCACCGAGGUGCGUAAGUCGCUCGUCGGCGACGUCUGUUUGCUGAGAAAGGUGUUCUUGUUUCUGGACAAAUGGGGUUUGAUCAAUUUCGGUGCACCGUCCGCCGCCGCCGCAGCGGCGGCCGAGGGUGAUUUGGGGAGGUUGAAGGUUAGGGUUGAGGAAGGGGCUCCGAGCGGGGUCCGGGUCGUGGCGGGUCCGAAUUCGUUGAAGCCGGUUGGUGUGCCGGUGCCGGGGCCUGGGGGAGUGGGUGGUGAUAAGGGUGGUGGGGAAGUAGUGGGUAAUGGGUUUAAAGUGUUGCCUCCAUUGGCUUCUUAUAGAGAUGUUUUUAGUGAGGAGAAUGGGGGAUUUUGUAGGGGUUGCAAAGAAAGGUGUGAGAAUGGACAUUAUGAAUGCGCAAAGGAAGGAAGCUUCAUCAUUUGUGUCAAGUGCUUCAAGAAUGGAAAUUACGGGGAGAACAAGUCUGCGGGUGAUUUCAAAUUCAUUGACUGCAUUCAAAACAGUGGAAAUCAUGAAGCUGCUUGGACUGAAGCUGAAACUCUACUUCUCUUAGAAUCUGUCUUGAAGCACGGAGAUGACUGGGAUCUCGUCGCUGAAAAUGUUAAAACUAAGACUAAAGCAGAUUGUAUUUCGAAGCUGAUACAACUGCCUUUUGGGGACCUUAUGUUGGGAUCUGCCCACAGAAAUGGUAGGUUGUGGGAGAAUGAUGGUAACUUGAGCGUUGUCAAACAAGGACAAGUAGCUUCAUCCGAGUCUCAUUCUGAAGAGAAUGUCAAAAGAGAGGAUCAAUGCGAGGAUGUUAAAAAUGAGAGCAACCAGAAUGGAGAUGCUGAGAACCAAGUUCCUCCAUUAAAGAGAAAACGCACUACACCACCUUCUGAUACAGGCAAUUCACUGAUACAACAGGUAGCUCUCUUAUCUUCGACGGUUGACCCACAUAUCACAGCUUCUGCUGCUGAGGCUGCUGUUACGGCACUCUGUGAUGAGUAUCAAUGUACAAGAGAGAUAUUUGACGAUGAUGAUAAUGAAAUUGAGGAAUUGGGAUCUUCUCCCCAGAAUAACAAGAAAGAGAGAGUCCUUCAGGUUGAUGGUCCAGAGAUGGAGGGAAACCCCACUGAAUCAGAUUCUCAGGGAACAUCCACUGUAAAGAAUGCUAUACCUCUGACUUUUCAAAUGAGAGCUGCAACAGCAACAGCUCUUGGUGCUGCUGCUGCUCGUGCCAAGCUAUUGGCAGAUCAAGAAGACAGGGAAAUAGAGUGUUUAGUUGCAACCAUUAUUGAAACACAGAUGAAGAAGUUACAACGUAAAAUCAAGCAUUUUGAUGAGCUGGAGCUGAUAAUGGAGAAGGAACAUACUCAACUGGAGGACCUGAAAGAGUCUCUCAUAGCAGAACAUAUGAAUGUUUUACAAAGGGUAUUCAGUUCUGGGAUAUCUAAAUGGAGGGAUAAUACUUCUGUAAAACCUCAGUUGGAUAUUGUACUUUGAUUAAUUUUAGCUUGAAAAGUAUUUUAGUUGUUAGGAAGAAAUGAGGAGGAGAUCCAACAUAAACUUGCUUGGCUUCCGGUGUUUGUAACAUGGACGGUUCGUUCUUGAGUAGAUAGAAACUUGCUUUCAGUUCUCUAAUCAAUUUCUGAACUAGACAUUCUUCC